AUGUUUUUUCAUGAAGCCCAGUCUUCACACACAUCAGAGAUCUUACACAGAGGAGAAGUUGUAUACCUGUUUGGAGUGUGGGAAAUGUUUUUCAGAGAAUCCCUUUUCUUCAUAUAUGACAGCGAUCUCAUACGGGGGAAAAGCCAUAUUGGGGAUAAGAGGGUGAGUAAGAGCGGCAAAAGUACUGAGAUUAAUAUAUUGCAUGGGAACUGA